AGCCGCGCCGCAGUGCAGUGAACACAUAGCGGGAUCCGCUCACCCAUUCACUCGUUCAUCUGAUCUUCAUUCUCUCCACCGAUCAGCGAUGGGACACCACCACACCAUAUUCGAUCGUCACAAAAUGCCCCUGGGUGAAGAUGGAAACUCCUGGAAGAAAAAGACAUCCGACAUCAAGGAGAUCUACGACUUCAAAGAUGUUCUUGGAACGGGGGCGUUCUCCGAGGUGGUCCUCGCUGAAGAAAAGAGAACCAGGAGGUUGGUGGCAAUAAAGUGUAUUCCAAAGAAGGCGCUGGAAGGAAAAGAGAACAGCAUUGAGAACGAAAUUGCCGUGCUUCACAAGAUCAAACAUGCCAACAUUGUUUCUUUGGAGGACAUCUACGAGAGUAAAUCACACCUCUACCUCGUCAUGCAGCUGGUGUCUGGUGGCGAGCUCUUCGAUAGGAUCGUGGAGAAAGGAUUUUACACUGAGAAAGAUGCCAGCAAGCUCAUCCAGCAGAUCCUGGAUGCUGUCAAGUAUCUGCACGACAUGGGCAUAGUGCACCGAGACCUGAAGCCCGAGAACCUGCUGUAUUACAGUAUGGACGAGGACUCGAAGAUCAUGAUCAGUGAUUUCGGACUGUCUAAGAUCGAGGGGUCGGGGAGUGUGAUGAGCACGGCGUGUGGCACUCCUGGAUACGUGGCUCCUGAGGUUUUGGCGCAGAAGCCCUACAGUAAGGCGGUGGACUGCUGGUCUAUCGGCGUCAUCGCGUAUAUUCUUCUGUGUGGCUACCCACCGUUUUACGACGAGAACGACGCCAAGCUAUUCGAGCAGAUUCUAAAAGCAGAAUACGAGUUUGACUCGCCGUACUGGGACGACAUUUCAGACUCAGCUAAAGACUUCAUUGUCCACUUGAUGGAACGAGACCCCAAUCUGCGCUACACAUGUGAACAGGCACUGCAGCAUCCCUGGAUUGCCGGUGACACAGCGCUGGAUAAGAACAUUCAUGAGUCUGUGAGCGCCCAGAUCAAGAAGAACUUUGCCAAGAGCAAGUGGAAGCAAGCCUUUAAUGCCACAGCGGUGGUCAGGCACAUGCGCCGACUUCAGUUGGGUACCAGUCAGGAGGGGCAGAGCCAGCUGUCACCCCACAGCCCCUGCGGCGAGCGACUCCUGCUGCCUGAGGGAACCGAGGAGGAAGAGGACGAGCAGAGCACUUCUAAGAGAGACAACGGCUGUUCUGAAAGCGCCAGUGACGGAGACUCCAUUCAGAACUGCACCUACCGCGUUCCUCCAGCCAGCCGGGUCUGAGCGCCCGCCCGUCGUCCUGCUGCCACCAAUGACUUGACUGUGCUGUGUUUUCACUGGCGCCCUGCCACACCCCCCAGUCUGGCCAGAAUUACCUGGCACUUAAGCCACCAGGAGGCGCUAAAGUGUAAAGAAUCUGGGUGGGACAUGGGGUCGGUAUGUCAUCGCAGAGGAAAGGUGAGGUGAGCCAGAGGAGAAGGUGAUUCGGUUGCAUGCCGCACGUGCAUUAUGGGUAAUUUUACGGACUGAGGUUUUUUCAUCUCCUGAAAAGUGAUUCUAGGUGUUUUGUUCUUUUGAAAUCUCUGACCUGCGCACUACAGGCGCUUUCUUAAUAUUGGGUUCUGCACACCAAACACUCAUUCGUCUUAGGAACGCUGACCAGUGGUGAAGCUGGAGCCAUUGAAGCGGAACAGUACAAACAAAUCUCAUUAACAUCACAACGCAUUCUGUUUGUACAGCCAUACUGUCACCACUUUUGACUUUACUCCGUGUCU